CUAAAGACAACGUUGGCUGAUGCUAUGUUUAGUACAGUGCGACACACUUGUAAUGUUAGAGGCGCAGUAGGUAGACUCUUGCUUCGUAAACGGCCGCAGAUGGCAGCUACUACCUGUCACCGUUCCAUGCAUGGAAACAGAAGCACAAUGGAUACUACGAAUGAAAACGAACGAAGGGGCUCGAGUGGUAGCGGCAAUACUAAUAGUGUAAAGUCUAGUUCAUUCAGACAGCAAAGCGUUUUGAACUCGCUAAUGGCAAGCAAGGAAGCAAGGCAUACCGGCGAUCUAACGAUUGCUCAGAAAGUUGUAGAGCGUGGGAAGGAUGUCAGUUAUUUUCUCAUCGUUUGCGUUGGCUUUGGAGUCACAGGCCUUCUUCUGUGGGUUAUUUUCCAUGAGUUCUUCUCUAGUGGCAGCCCAUCUUCUGUGUUCAGACGUGCGCUGAAGAGAGUAAAGGCACAUGAACAGGUGUGCUCAGUUGUUGGGGAAGGCAUUGCUGGGUAUGGUGAGUGGUCAGGUCGUGGCCGGAGGAAGCGACUUAGUCACCGCCUGUACGUAGUUGAUGGGCAGAACUAUAUGCGAGUUCAAUUUUAUAUUACUGGUAGCCAACGAAAUGCUACGGUUCUUGCAGACAUGAAAGAAGUGUCUAGAGGUCGAUGGGAAUUUAGAUUUUUGUUUGUUGAAUUAGAAGGCUAUCCUCCAGGAGUUAUUGUUAUUGAGGACAACCGCUGAUUGAUGGACACAUAUGACAGAAGCAAUUUAGUGAACGUGUGUGAACAUUAAUGCUAUGUAUACUUGUUAGUUGGUGUAGGUAUUCUGUUAUUAAUUACACCAACACGUGGUAAGGUGUCAUCUUUCUGAAUACAGAAGUCAGACAAAUUUGUCAAGUGUGAGCAAAUUUUAGUACAAGCUUCAAUUGGGUGCAUGAAAUGCAUCUGUAUUAUGUAUACAUGUACAGUAUGUAAAUUGAGUUGGUACUUAUAACUGUG